AUGGGAACUCGCACAAGGAGAACCGACUCACCUUCUUCUGAUAGCGAAGAUGGCACCUUUACCAAAACGGCGAAAAGAGAAGGUGACACUGUUGUUCAAUCGUCGUCUUCAUCGCAUUACGAACAGAUUAGGGAACAAAGGAUGAAAGAGAACGCUGAGAGAAUGCAAAAACUUGGAUUAUUAAACCUUUCUCUUAAGCUCAAGAAACCACCGCGCACUUUCGUCAGGAAAAUCGCCUCACCGACUAACCAAUCAGAAAGACGCUCUUCUAGAUUAAUGACGGUACCUCCGGUUGACUAUACUUUCAAGCUUCCUAAAGCUCAGUAUCAAGAAAAAUCAUCAAGUAAGAGAAAGAAAGAGGUGGUGAUUUAUAUAGCAGAAGGUACAAAGCCUGAGGUUUAUACUGAAGAGCAUGAGAAGCUUCUCGGAGAUUGUGAGACUGAUUGGGAAUUGUUUGUGGAUGGAUAUGAUGAGGAUGGAGACCGUAUAUAUGAUCCGACCAAGGGAGAGAAAUGUCAUCAAUGCAGGCGCACAACUGUUAGUCAGAUGACCAAUUGCAAUAAAUGUGAAUUACCCCAAGGGAUGCUUUGCGGAGAUUGCUUGUACACAAGAUAUGGAGAAAAUGUGACAGAAGCUGAUUUCAAUCUCAAUUGGACUUGUCCUUCUUGUCGAGGAAUUUGCAACUGCAAUAUUUGCCGUAGGAAAAAUGGUUGGAUGCCUACUGGCAAUAUAUACAAUAAGGUGACGAAAUUGGGUUUCAAAUCUGUUGCUCAUUAUCUGAUUAAGACUCGUCGCCUUGGGAAAAACAUGGAAGGCUCAGAUGCUGAAAAUGAUGUUGCUCAGGAAAUGCUAGAGACCUCUCCAGAUUCAACACUGACUGGACAAAUUCGGACUAGGAGGGCUUUUAGAAGUUAA